AAAAAGUAUGUAGGUAGGUAGACUGACCAGGCUUAUCUGUGUGUCACAAUCCAUUCACAUUUUCUGUUGGAUCUACACUGCAUGCAUUAAAAUGUUAAGAAGUCAUCCUGUUUAACCAGUUCGUCUUAGCUGGAGCCCUACCCCUACAUAUAAUGCUAAAAGCUAGAAACUUCAGUUCAGUGCUAAAUUAAACACUGAGGUAGUCGCACUGAUUAGCGCUUAAUCACUCACAUGAUUCUACAGGGUUUUUUUGAGUGGAGACGGGCAUAAACACGACCGACACUUCUACAACGACUGCAGACAAUAUGCCUGUAGAAACAUUAUCAAUCAGAAACCGCUCGGCCAUUGGCCGCUUCCCAUCCGGCACUCUCACGCUGGAGGAUCACGAGAAGCCGGACACAAAGUGGACAUGUAGCACAUGGUUUCAGAAGUGCUGCCAGCUAAGCUGCUGCCGCAAAAAAACUCAAGCAGACGCCCCAGGUGCCACGAUUGACAGAGGAAGCAUUACCACGACAGGCACAGGUAACCAUACUUUACUGGAGGUUCGUUCCGUAGACCUUCUCAAAUCCAGCAAAGAACAGAACCGUCUGGAGCAUCAUACCAAUCGCUAUCACAGCGAACACCUCAUCGUCCGCAGAGGCCAGACCUUUCAGAUGCUGAUUGAGCUCUCACGAACGUUCAACUCAGAGAUAGACAAACUUCAAUUAGAUCUGAAACUAGGUAAUCUUCCAGAUGUAUCCAAAGGCACACAUGUGAUUGUUCCUUUGGUUAAAGAUCUGCAGGACGGCUGCUGGGAGGCCAAGAUAGUGGAGCAGAAAGGCAAAAGAAUAAAACUUUCUGUUAACUCUCCACCAAAUGCUGCUAUUGGCAAAUACAAGUUCUGUGUUGCAACAUCUUCCCCAACCGGUGAGGCCAUGUCACCAUACAGUCCAAACAACGACAUCUACAUGCUGUUCAACCCCUGGUGUGAAGAUGACUCUGUGUACAUGGAUAAUAAGGAAGAGAGGAAUGAGUAUGUUUUAAAUGACAUGGGUAUAAUUUAUUAUGGAACUGACAGCCAGAUCGGAGACAGGCCGUGGAAUUUUGGCCAGUUUGAUAAGGGCAUUCUUCCUGCAUGUCUGUUUUUGCUGGAGCGCAGCGGAGCCCCAGCUUCAGGUUGUGGAGAUCCUGUUAAUGUGGUCAGGAUUUUGUCUGCAAUGAUUAACUCUCCUGAUGACAGCGGUGUCUUGAUGGGCAACUGGUCAGGUACGUACGAUGAUGGCACGGCCCCCACGUUCUGGAGCGGUAGCAGUGACAUCCUGAGACAGUACUAUGAAAACGGAGGAACCCCAGUUAAAUACGGACAGUGUUGGGUCUUCUCUGGGGUCACCACCUCAGUGAUGAGGUGUUUAGGGAUUCCAACCCGGAGUGUUACAAACUUCGAGUCUGCUCAUGACACGGAUGUUUCCUUGACAACAGAUGUGUAUCUAGACGAGAACUACGAGCCGAUUGAGGAGCUCAAUCAAGAUUCCGUCUGGAACUUCCAUGUGUGGAAUGACUGCUGGAUGGCCCGUCCAGACCUGCCCGCGGGUAUGGGGGGGUGGCAAGUAGUAGACGCCACCCCUCAGGAGACCAGUCAGGGCGUUUUCCGAUGCGGUCCCGCUUCUGUCGCAGCUGUCCGGAAUGGACAGGUUUACCUCAAGCAUGACACUCCAUUCGUUUUUGCAGAGGUGAACAGUGAUAAGGUGUACUGGCAGCGAACAGCCAACGGCACCUUUACUCCUGUCCAAGUUAAAAAGAAAGCAAUAGGUCACUGCAUCAGCACUAAAGCUGUUGGCUCUGAUGAACGUGAAGACAUCACACACCUCUACAAACAUCCAGAAGAUUCAGAGGAGGAGCGUAUUGCUGUGGAAACGGCCUGUCAGUAUGGCUCUAAAGCAGGGAUGUACAACAUCUCCAGCGCUAACGACGUCACAGUGCAGAUCAGCAUGGAUGAAGAAGAACCUCAGCUUGGUGCAGAUGCUAAACUGGCCAUCACCGUAAAGAACACUAGCUCAGAAAAGCGCACGUUCACCCUCCUCAGCCAGGUGGUCGUCAUGUACUAUACUGGGGUGUAUAAAGCUACAGUGAAGAAAGACGAGAUACCCAUCGAACUCCAACCCAACGAAGUUGAGACUGUGGAGUGGUGUCUGCUCUAUGAUGAUUAUAAAGAGCAGCUGGUGGAUCAGGCCAUGCUGAUGCUCACCCUCACUGGACGGGUCACUGAGACCAAACAGGUCCUGGCUACCCAGUUUCGCUUCAGACUGCGCACAUCAGACCUAGUCAUCAAACCUGAAGGGGACGCUGUAGUUGGCAAAGAAAUUAAGGCUACGGUUGUUUUCCGGAAUCCACUUAAGCUCACACUGAAGAACGUGAAGUUUCGCUUUGAAGGACUGGGACUGCAGAGCGUCAGGGAGGUUUCCUACGGAAAUAUAGAAAGCUUGGCCACUGUGACACUGACAGAGAAGUUCAUUCCUUUGACGGCCGGUCCCCAGAAACUUCUCGUGUCCCUCGACUGCCGUCAGCUUCCUCAGGUGCACGGAGUCUCCAGCAUCAGCGUCAAAGCCCUCUGAGACAUCUCUUCAGGAGGAGCACCUUCAGUGGCUCUGAAUGUCAUCAGGAGAAUCUUUUCUUAGCCAUGUCUUUGUGUUUUUUUUAAUCUAGUAAACAGUGUGAGAAUGUCUUUUGGCACAAACACAGCUGCAUUUAUAGCACAAUAACCACUUGUGCACAUUUUAAAUAGUUUAACAAUUUAAAAUAUAAUUUAUUUUUGUUACAUGAACCAAAAUGUCUGUAUGAACUUGUUAAAACAUUGCUUUUAUGUUGACUUUAUUCAUCCUUUUAUGUUUUUCCCCUAAUAACAUAAUUUUGCAGAUAUGUCUGAUUAUUUAUACAUAUUUACAUAAUGACAACCAUGCCGUUUCUGUUUUUAGCUAGUUUAUUUUGUCUUGACGGUCUAUUUAAUGUAAUACAAAAUAAUUUCUAAGGAAACAGAAUAAUGACUAAUGUCUUUGAAACAAAAAGCACGUUGAAUUGCACUGAACAAAUAAUGCGUUGUAUUAACAGUAUUUGCAGUUUAAUGCCUUGUGUUUUCAGGACUUGCAUUUUUGGGGGCUGAAAUUUGACAUAGUUGUUUAUUCAUGUGGUGAAUAUUUCAAUUCAAAAUGUUUCUCAUACGUUUUCAUAAUUAAACAUUCAAUAAUUCA